GCGUUUCAACUAGUAUUCUGUUCAGUAUGUCUGGUCGUGGCAAAGGAGGCAAGGGUCUCGGAAAGGGUGGCGCCAAGCGUCAUCGUAAGAUUCUCCGCGACAACAUCCAGGGAAUCACCAAACCGGCCAUCCGUCGUCUUGCACGUCGUGGCGGAGUGAAGCGUAUCUCGGGCCUCAUCUAUGAGGAGACUCGCGGCGUCCUCAAAGUCUUCCUCGAGAACGUCAUCCGUGAUGCCGUUACGUACACAGAGCACGCCAAGAGAAAGACGGUCACUGCCAUGGACGUUGUGUACGCUCUGAAGAGACAAGGCCGUACUCUGUACGGAUUCGGUGGAUAAGCGUCCACUCAGGAUUGGGUCUUUGCGACUCAGUUUUAUACCCGGCUUUUUUAAAAGCCACAACAUAACUCAGAGAGAGUGAAUUCCGAGUGUAUUUUCUGUGUACCUUUCAGUAGCUUUUGCAACGAGCUGUGCCUAUACGUACCGUGUACUUAGUGUAAAAAGUAAAGCGAAUUUAGUAAGAGU